CCGAUGCAUUGUUUAAAUCUUCUGUAAGGGAGAGACGCUCAGAGGAAGAACCAGAAUCCCUGGACUGCAUAAACAAGGAAAGAAGGAGUCCAUCUAAGCAAAGCUGGAAGGAUUUCACCUUGUUGCUGUUUGUUUCAGGAGAUUUUCCCUCCCCCCGCCCCGGACACUAUCCAGCUCAGGAUUUGUUUCGUUGCUGCGUCCACAGCCGGUCAGAAGAAGAGCGCUUUACAUGUUAGAGGUGAUUUUUUGUCGUGGUCUCCCUGCAAAAAAGAAAUCAGCACCAAUCUUCGAGGAGGAGGGAGAUAUGAUCAACUGAGGUUUUCCCUACCUCCGGCUGAACGUGAGAGUUCAAGUGACAUCGCCGCUGGCCUGUGGCUGACUGACUGCACAGCGAGCUGGAAUCACAGCCAGAGCUGCUCAAUUUACCUGCUCGAGGACCCUUCAAAUCCUUCUAUUGACGGUAGAGAUUUGUAUCCAAAGGAAAAUCGGAUUAAUAUAAACUAUGCAGAGCUUUGCAGGGAUAUCUGGAGACUACCCUGUCUGCAUGGCUAAUCUUGAAAUUGUCUGAAAUAAAUCCUUAGCGCAAGGAAUAGCGAGAUACUUUCAAUUAGGAUUUUUUUCUUUUCCUUGGCGCUUUUUUUUUUUUUUUUUUUCCUCCUCCACGAGAAUUUAACACUUCUAUGGCAAGGUAAAGGAGAAUGGGACACAUGCUGGAAAACUCACCUCGCUUUACAAAAAUCACGGGGGUAACAGUUUCCAUCAUUGUUGCGGUAUGAAAGGUACUCUGGAUUGUGUGCUGGUGGCUAAAAUGGAUCAGUCUCUCUCUGUUUCUGUUAGCGAUGUGCUGAAGGAUCCGGAUUUACUGAAAUACUGACGCCAAUAAACUUACUCCCUCUCUGUUGAAGGCAUUGGAUGUGACAGUGCAGAGAAACAUGUGUUUCACAUUUCUGACUGGUUGUUUUGGUGCAAUCAAUACCUCCACAAGAAACAUUGACUUAGGUGGCGAUUAUCAUACCGGGAGGCACAGGGAGUGCUGCUUUCGGGUUGCAGGCAAAGUGAGCACAAAUCUAAGAGUCCGCCGUGCCUGGGAAGUGGGGGCUUCGGUUCCCCCCAAACUCCGGGGCAAAGGCAGCGGGCGAUGGUCCCAACCCACCACAGAGAGCCCGGCCUCGGGGUGCGGAAGGAGCAGUGACCAAAGCGCUGUCAGGAGUGGCAGGCAGCCGGAUCGGAUGGGAAUCAGUGAGGCAGUAACUGUUGAAAGAAAGGUGGAUCGCGAAAUUAUUGCCCGAAGGAAUAGCAGGCGAGGUGGAAUGAUGAUAAAGUUAAACUUCUGUUUCAUCUUCUGUCGGGGAUGGUGGGCGUUUCUGUUGCUUCAGCUCCACAUGUUGCAAGCACUGGCACAAGAUGAUGUUGCACCAUACUUCAAGACUGAACCAGGCUUGCCCCAGAUACACUUGGAAGGAAAUCGACUCGUACUUACGUGCCUUGCCGAAGGCAGCUGGCCCUUGGAAUUUAAGUGGUUGCACAAUGACAGUGAAAUAACCGCCUACUCCAGUGAAUAUAAGUACACCAUCCCAGCUUUGCAGAGGUCUGAUGCUGGCUUUUAUCAGUGUGUUGUACGGAACAGGAUGGGGGCAUUGCUGCAAAGAAGAUCUGAAGUUCAAGUGGCAUACAUGGGAAAUUUCAUGGACACAAACCAGAGAAAAACAGUGACUCAAGGACAAGCUGCAGUUCUAAACUUCUUACACAUACUCAGCUAUCCAAGACCACAGGUGACAUGGUUUAGAGACGGGCACAAGAUUAUACCAAGCAGCAGAAUAGCCAUCACACUGGAGAAUCAGCUGGUGAUCCUUGCAACAUCACUGACCGAUGCAGGAGGGUACUAUGUCCAGGCCGUCAAUGAAAAGAACGGGGAGAACAAGACAAGUCCAUUUAUUCAUCUCAGUGUAGCAAGUGCCACGGACCCGUCUGACACCAUGGCUCCCGUCAUUGUAAUCCCUCCGCAGAAUACCAGCGUUGUAGCAGGGAGCAGUGAGAUCACGCUGGAGUGUGUGGCCAAUGCCAGACCUCUUGAGAGACUAAGCAUUACCUGGAAGAGAAACGGAGUAAAAGUAACCACUGGCAUUAGCAGUUUUGGGAGACGACUCACUAUCACCAACCCAACCUCUGCUGAUGUGGGAAUGUACUUCUGUGAAGCAAAAUUGAGAGACAACACAGAGGAACCAGCAAGAGCGAAAGCCUUCCUUUCUAUAAUGGAACCACCAUAUUUUACGGCUGAACCAGAGAGUGUGAUUUUGGCUGAGGUGGAGAAAGACGUGGACAUCCUGUGCCAGGCAAUGGGUGUUCCCAUUCCCACCCUGGCCUGGUAUAAGGACUCUAUUCCCCUCAGCAAGCUGGAAAAUCCCCGUUACAAAGUACUACUGAGUGGUGGGCUGCGGAUCCACGCGCUGCGUCCUCAGGACGCUGGGAUCUUCCAGUGCUUUGCUAGUAAUAAAGCUGGGGAGAUACAGACGUACACCUACCUGGAUGUGACUAACAUUAAACCAGCAUUUAUACAGCCUCCAGAGGAUACCACUGUUACAGAGGGGAUGACCGCAGUGCUAAUCUGUGAAGUUUCGGGGGCUCCAAAACCUGCCAUCUCAUGGAAGAAAGGAAACCAGAUCUUAGCCAGUGGCUCAGUUCAGAUUCCUCGUUUCAUUCUCCUUGAAUCUGGAGGGCUCCAGAUAACACCCGUUUACCUUCAGGAUGCCGGCAAUUAUACUUGCUGUGCAGUCAACUCUGAAGGAGCUCUGAAUGCUUUUGUGAUGCUGACAGUGUGGAAUCGCACUUUCAUUGUUCACCCUCCUGAGGACAGCACUGUGAUCAAAGGAACCACAGCCACUCUGCGAUGUGAAGCAACUCAUGAUCCUAGAAUUUCAAUCAGGUAUCUUUGGAAGAAGGACAGUGUUGUAAUAAAUCCAUCCAGCAGUUCCAGGAUCACAGUAGAGGAAGAUGGAACCCUUCUCAUCAGCCAGACAUGGUCAGGUGACAUCGGAGACUAUACCUGUGAGGUCAUUUCUUUUGGAGGAAAUGACUCCAGAAUGGCUCGACUAGAAGUGAUUGAGCUCCCUCAUUCCCCUCAGAAUCUUCUGGCCACUCUAAAUUCCUCAUACAGCCGCAGUGUGAUGCUCUCCUGGGUGCGCCCCUUUGAUGGAAACAGCCCUGUUCUAUACUACAUGGUCGAGCUCUCUGAGAACAAUUCUCCCUGGAAGGUUCACCUCUCAAAUCUCGACCCAAAGAUGACCGGUGUCACUGUGAGCGGACUAACUCCAGCCCGAACCUACCAGUUCAGGGUGUGUGCGGUUAACCAGGUGGGAAAGGGCCAGUACAGCUCCGAAACCAGCAGGUUGAUGCUACCUGAGGAGCCCCCCAGUGCCCCACCUAAAAACAUAGUGGCCAGUGGGCGCACCAAUCAGUCUAUCAUGGUCCAGUGGCAACCUCCUCCCGAGAGUGAACAUAACGGGGUUCUUCAUGGGUACAUCCUAAGGUAUCGCCUGUCUGGCCUCCCUGGAGAGUACCAGUAUAAGAACAUCACCAGUGCAGAAAUUAACUACUGCUUGGUGAAGGACCUGAUCAUUUGGACCCAGUAUGAAAUCCAGGUGGCAUCUUACAAUGGAGCUGGGCUGGGAGCGUUCAGCAGACCUGUGACAGAGUACACUUUACAAGGAGUGCCUACAGCUCCACCGCAGAAUGUGCAAGUUGAAGCUGUGAACUCCACAACCAUUCAGUUCCUCUGGAACCCUCCACCCCAACAGUUCAUCAAUGGUAUUAACCAAGGAUACAAGCUUCUAGCAUGGCCCGUAGAUGCUCCAGAGACUGUGACUGUGGUCACCAUUGCUCCAGAUUUUCACGGUGUUCACAGUGGUUGCAUCACCAACCUGAAGAAAUACACUACUUACUAUACAUCGGUUCUGUGUUUCACCACACCUGGCGAUGGGCCACGGAGCACACCCCAGCUCCUGCGCACCCUUGAAGACAAGCCAGGAGCUGUGGGACACCUGAGUUUCACUGAGAUUCUGGACACGUCUCUCAAGGUCAGCUGGCAAGAACCUGUAGAGAAAAAUGGUAUCAUUACAGGGUACCAGAUCUCCUGGGAGGUGUAUGGCAAGAAUGAAUCUCGUCUUGCCCGCACACUACCCAACACAACGCUGGAGUACAAGAUCACAGGGCUGUCAUCUCUCACCACUUACACAAUCGAGGUGGCAGCUGUGACCGCAAAAGGGAGCGGCUGGAUCACAUCCUCCACAAUCUCUUCCGGUGUGCCCCCAGAACUUCCAGGUGCUCCAUCCAACCUGGUGAUUUCCAACAUCAGCCCUCGUUCUGCCACGCUUCAGUUCCGGCCAGGGUAUGAUGGCAAAACCUCCAUCUCUAAAUGGAUAGUCGAAGGCCAGGUUGGUGUACUGGGUGAUGAUGAAGAGUGGGUGAGUCUGCGUGAAGUGGAGAAUGAACCUGAUGCUCAGAUGCUGGAGGUACCGAACCUUACUCCUUACACUCAUUACAGGUUCCGGAUGCAGCAGGUGAACGUGGUGGGCCCCAGCCCGCGCAGCCAGCCCUCCCGGGUCAUCCAGACGUUGCAGGCCCCCCCAGAUGUUGCCCCCGGGAGCGUCACCGUGCGCACGGCCAGCGAGACCAGCCUGUGGCUGCGAUGGGUGCCCCUCCCCGACACCCAGUAUAAUGGCAAUCCAGAGUCAGUGGGGUACAGAAUAAAGUUCUGGCGUGUGGAUCUGCCGUCUGCCACCCUGAUGAAGGUUGUUAAUGACCGAUUGGAAAGAGAGUACACGAUUGAAGAUCUGGAGGAGUGGACAGAGUAUGAACUGCAGAUCCAGGCUUUCAAUGCCAUUGGGGCAGGACCAUGGAGUGAAGUAGUGAGAGGUCGUACGCGGGAGUCUGUUCCUUCUGCUCCUCCUGAGAAUGUCUCUGCUGAAGCCGUGAGCUCAACCCAGAUCCUUCUGACAUGGACCGCAGUCCCCGAGUCGGAGCAGAAUGGUCUCAUCCUGGGUUACAAGGUACUUUUCAAAACAAAAGAUUUAGACUCCGAACUAAAGAGCCAAAUAGUAAGAGGUAACCACACACAGUCUUUCCUGCUGUCUGGCUUGCGGAAAUAUGUUCUCUAUGAGAUUCAGGUGCUGGCAUUCACGCGUAUCGGAGAUGGAGUCCCCAGCUCUCCUGCAGUUAUAGAAAGAACCAAGGAUGACGCCCCUGGGCCACCCGUGAGGCUGGUGUUCCCCGAGGUGAGGCUGACGUCCGUACGGAUUGUUUGGCAACCGCCAGAGGAACCCAAUGGAAUUAUUCUGGGGUAUCAGAUUGCCUACCGUCUGGCCAGCAGCAGCCCUAACAAGUUCACGACGGUGGAGGUUGGCUCGACAGUCAGGCAGUUUACUGCUACAGAUCUCACCCCUGAGUCAGCAUACAUCUUUCGGACAUCUGCCAAGACCAGACAGGGCUGGGGGGAGCCUCUGGAAGCCACAGUGAUCACAACAGAAAAAAGAGAACGACCAGCACCUCCCAGGCAGGUGAUGACCCCCCAGAGCAAUGUGUCGUCACGGAGUCUGCUGUUGAAGUGGGUCCCUGGAAGUGAUGGAUCUUCACCAAUACGAUAUUUUACAGUGCAAGUGCGAGAACUGCCAAAUGGAGACUGGCAGACCUACUCCUCUUCCAUCAGCCACGAGGCAACAUCCUGCAUUAUUGAAAGCUUGAACCCGUUCACCUCCUACAAACUGCGAGUGAAAGCAACCAAUGACAUCGGAGACAGUGACUUCAGUGCGGAGACUGAGGCGGUCACGACUCUGCAGGAUGUUCCAGGUGAACCACCCAGUUCUGUGUUAGUGACUCCGCACACGACUUCAUCUGUCCUUGUGCAGUGGCAGCCACCCAAAGCUGAGAGUCUAAAUGGCUUGCUGUUGGGAUAUCGGAUCUACUAUCGAGAGCUGGAUUACGACACUGGAUCUGGAACAGAAUCCAAAACCGUACAGAACCCUUCAGCUUUAAGAGCAGAGCUCACACCCCAAAGCAGCUUCAAGACAGUGAACAGCAGCUCUGCAUUAACGACGUAUGAAUUAACACAGCUGAAGAAAUACAAGAGAUAUGAAGUACUAAUGACAGCAUAUAAUGUAAUCGGUGAGAGCCCUACCAGUACACCAGUGGAAGUGUUUGUGGGUGAAGCAGCACCAGCGCUGGCCCCACAGAACAUCCAAGUAAACUCCCUUUCUGCAAGCCAGCUGGAGCUCACCUGGGACCCCCCUCCAGCUGACAGCCAAAAUGGGAACAUCCAAGGCUACAAGAUUUAUUACUGGGAGAGCGACAUCCAAAAUGACACAGAGAAAGUGAAGGUGCUUUUCCUCCCAGAGACAACAGUCCGGCUCAAAAAUCUGACCAGCCAUACGCAGUACAUGGUCUGCAUCUCCGCUUUCAACGCAGCUGGGGACGGCCCCAGGAGCAGCCCGUCACGGGGCAGGACACACCAGGCGGCACCCAGUGCUCCCAGCUUUUUGGUGUUCUCUGAAAUCACUUGCACUACACUCAAUGUGUCUUGGGGCGAGCCGACAGCAGCAAAUGGAGUCCUGCAGGGUUAUCGAGUAGUCUAUGAGCCUUUGGCUCCCGUCCAGGGGGUGAGUAAGGUGGUGACUGUGGACAUUAAAGGGAACUGGCAACGCUGGUUGAAGGUCCGAGAUCUCACCAAGGGCAUGACCUAUUUAUUCAGGGUGCAAGCCCGAACCAUCGCCUAUGGACCUGAACUGCAAGCCAAUGUCACAGCUGGGCCAGCAGAAGGGUCUCCUGGCUCCCCUCAGGAAAUUCUGGUGACAAAAUCUGCUUCUGGGCUGACGCUACAAUGGACUGAGGGAGAUUCAGGAGAAAAACCCACAACUGGCUACAUCAUAGAGGCACGACCCUCAGAUGAAGGACUGUGGGAUAUGUUUGUGAAGGACAUCCCUCGCAGUGCUACCUCCUACACAGUUGGCCUGGACAAACUGAAACAGGGUGUGAGCUAUGAAUUUCGUGUGGUGGCUGUCAAUGAAUUUGGCUAUGGAGAACCAAGCGUUCCCUCUGUGGCAAUAUCAGCACAAACAGAAGCCCCUUUCUAUGAGGAGUGGUGGUUUCUGCUGGUGAUGGCGCUCUCAAGUCUGAUCCUCAUCCUUCUGGUGGUGUUUGCUUUGGUCCUGCAUGGCCAGAGCAAGAAGUACAAGAACUGCAGCGCAGGUAAAACCCUCUCCAAUGUGGAAGAGUCAGUCACCCUGGAUAAUGGAGGCUUCACUGCUCUGGAGCUCAACAGCAGACACCUGAACAUCAAGAGCACCUUCUCAAAGAAGAAUGGAACCAGGUCUCCUCCUCGCCCAAGCCCAGGGGGGCUGCACUACUCUGAUGAGGAUAUCUGCAACAAGUACAACGGUGCUGUGCUGACCGAGAGUUUGGGCCUGAACGAGAAGCCCUUAGAAGUGUCGGAAUCAGAGGCCACUGACUCGGAUUAUGAAGAUGAGUUGCCAAAGCACUCCUUUGUGAACCAUUACAUGAGUGACCCCACGUACUACAACUCAUGGAAGCGGCAGCAGAAAGGGGUGAAGCACCCAGCAUCCUAUAGAUAUGAGGAGUGUGUCGCCAGCGAGACAGAACCCUAUUUCCAGACUGUCAUCACAACACAGAGCUCAGGAGGGGUGUACACCCCAACAGGACAGCCUGCGCCCGGCUCCCGGACUCCAGUGACAGGGUUCUCCUCCUUCGUCUGAGACAGGGCUGGAGGAUACAGCCGAACCGCCGGCGGCACUGGGGGGGGACCCGUCACAGUGACUGUGUGUGCGUGACCGGUGCGAUGAACUUGUGGGUAACUUCUCUAUCAGGGUAGAAAUGGAUGGGAACACGGAUGAGGCUGGGGUUUUUUUUUCUGAAGACAAUCAACUCUAAAAAUAUGGAGCUGAACUAGCUGAACCUUUGUUUAAAAAAAAAAAAAGAAAAAAACGGAAUUCCGAAAAGCGAUGAUUUUAACCACUUGUGAAUAGUAGGGGUUUUUUAACCGCUUUUGUAACACUGCUUCAGGAAGCAGCUCCCAUGCCCCUCUCUUCCCUCUUUCUUUCUCUCCUUCUGUCCCCCUGUUCCCAAACAAGGAGGUGAAUUCCCUAGAUGCAAUGAGUGACUUUGUGAUGUGAUUUGAAGAGAAAACAAAACCUCCCAGGCUCCUUUUUCUUCCUUUUUCUCUACUUUUUUUUUUUCCUUUUUAAUUUUUCCCCUGUCAUCAAGGUCAAGUAGGAAAACAUAGAAAAGGGACAAAUUUUUACAUGAAAAGCAGACACAUCCUCUCUCCUCUUCUCAUUGCUGCUCCCUGCAUUAGGAGCACUGGCUGAUCAACAUGCUCAGAUGUGUCACUGUGUCUGCUCUAGGCUCACUACUGGUGUAUUUAUACUGAAUUACUGACCUGUUUCUAUUUCUUGUUCAAAUGGAACCUGCUGCAUUCUUUAAAUAUUCCAACUCCAGGGCCUUUGGAAGAGGAGAUGACUCAAAAGAUCACUGUAGGCAGCAGUGGGUGAAGCAAGUGGGAAGAAUUCAGAUGCAAGGUCAGUUUAUUUUUGGUGUGGCUCAAAUCCUCCCUCCGCAUGUGCCGUUUGAAUUGGUCAUUUUUUUAAAUGUCAAAGGACACACCCCAGCAAGCCAGAGGAAUCUUUCAAUUAAGAUUGCAGUGACAAGCUAGAGAGUCUACUAAUUGGUGAGGUUUUUGAUCGUCAAAGUUAUCCUGCCCUGUCAAUAGAAGUUGAGCAUUCUUUCUUACCCAGACUCUGAAGUGCUGCUUACUGGUCUGUAAAAAAGUACACGGUAGCUGGGUUUAUUUGAUUUCAUUUUUUUAGUACAAAGACACGUCACAGACUGGGUGAGUUUUGGUGUCUACAGGUGCCUUUUAUUGAUUCUUCAGCUUCAUAUCUGGGAGAAGCAACAAAGUGUCUCCAAAUAAAGCUAACCAGGUUUUUCAAGCAUUAGGGUCAUGAAUUACCUUGUGCACGUUUACAGCCUGCUUUGUGCACUUGAAGUUACAGCUUUUUGAAAGAAGAGAGGGGAAUUUUAGUUUAUUUUCCAUCCUUUUGUAUAGCUCCCUUUUUGUUUUCUUCUUUUCUGUCCUUUUCCUGAGUCUGUCAUGUUUAGCAGCAAGUUGUUUACUCACAAGGGAGUUGUCAGGGGUUUAAAGAAUCCAAGUCCAGCCCUUGGACCUAGCAACAGUCCUGGAUCACCAGACUUUUUACCGCAAGAGUUUGAAAGGUGAAUUUGGAAGCGAGUCCUUUCUUGCCACUCCAGCAUCUGGCAUUUCCUCCCAGGUGGGGGUAGGUCAGCCAGGAAAAUUGGUAUCCUGCUGCUUGCUAAUGUCCUCUCAGGACAUGUGUGGGCACUGUUACUAUUGCAGAUUGUCCCUGUCCUCUCUGGGGGGAUAUGGGACAGCUGUGGAACUGGGUGGCGGUGGCUUCAAGGCAGGUUGUUGGAACCAACCUGGUGCUGAUUGUGGUGGCUGCCUGUUCCUGCCCAUGGGGGCUGGUUAGAAGUAGCUUGAUUGGCACCUCACCUGAACAGUUGAGGUCCAAGGGCAAGCUCGGCCUUGCUGUCACCUUUCAGUGCCUCUUGGACAGGGCAAAUGAUUUUGGAACUGCUUUUACUCUUUGUCACUGCCUCUGAGCACUGCUGCUCUUGGUGCGUACAGAUUCUGGAUAGCUUUGGCACUGGAUUGCUGUUCCUCUCCAAAGGCUCCAGAAAGAAAAAUUUCAAAACCAAAUACUCCAGUGGGUGUGUUUAAGGGCUUUUGAGUUUGGGAUAAUGAUCCACAGCUCAUUAGAUGUCAAGGGAUAUGCCAAGACAUGGGCUUAAGCCAAAACCGUGUGAGCCAUCCCCCUCUCUGCACCUGGAUAGGAUGUGUGUGGGAUGGAGAAGGGGCUCCACAGAGGAUGACGUGGAGCUUGCUGCGAAGAGGAAUGCAAAGCAAACAAAAAACCCACUGCCUUCUGUGCACUUUGACUGUUCUCUUAAGCCAUAUGGACUUUGCUUUAAUUACUGAACUGACAAAAGUUUGUUUGCAGUCUUAGCUUUUUGUUUCUUAGAUGAAAUUAUCUACAUGAGUUUCUGAUUUGUUUUCUUUCUCCUUUGUUAUUUCCUGCAUCAGUUUACAUAUUUUUAAACACCUUGUUUUAUAUAUAUGUGACAUAGCAAUGCAAUUGCUGUUGGAAUUUUAAUGGCGCUUAUCCAACAGGUUUGAGAGGUAGUGCUACAGGAGGAACCUUCCAAGGACCACUAAGAACUUAGGGAUAUAGAUUAGUAGAAAGUAGAUCGAACACCGAAGACUUUGCUCCAAAGGAAAGCAUAGUGUGAGUAGCUCCGUAUCUCCUGAAUAUUGCCAGAUCUGAAUUGGUGUGAGGUGCAGUUACUCUCUGGGGCUGAUCUGAUACCACAUUGAGCAGAAAAGCAAGGAAACCAUGGGGAAUAAAGGAAAUGGACUUUGCGGCCACUGCUCCACUGAAGGACCACGUGGGGAGCAGCACGAUCUAUAUAAAGCGAGGAAAAGAGACUAUUCUUUUUUUUCUCAGAACUAUCUGCAACUAAAAAGCUUGAGCUUGCUGAGGACCUGCUGAGUUGGCUGUUUGGCCCUUUUCUUCUGACUGCUGCUGAAAUAACAGGUUAAGUGUGAUUCCUUUAGGACCUGUUGAUCCAAGCAAAGGUAUUUCUGUUCCAUUCCAGUCCACUCUAUUGUCAGUCUUGGUUAUGUUUUGUUUAGGAGUUGGCUUUUCUUACAUGUGGUUUUAUUUGACUUAGGCAAUUGCAGAGCGUGGAAGUGCACUGCCCUGCUUACCCCUAAGAUGAGCGUAGGCUGUGUGUUCUGCUGCCCAGGAUCUUCUGUAGCUACACGCAUGAUCCCUGUGCCUUCUUGUUAACAUGCUGUACUUGUAAAAUAUGAUUAAUGGGAAGGUUUUAUUUACUUCAGAUAUCAGGUAAAUUGUUCUAUCUAGAAGGAAACACUCCAUCAGUUAGCAAGAAAGCUCUACUUCAUACCUGUAAUCGUUGGGAAUCGCAGCCUUGAAAUAUGACUUUUAAACAUUAGUUGUCAUGUUACAAUAACUUCACCCAUCAAAUCCAUUUCUGUUUCCAUCUUCCUGUUUAUAACAGUCUUGAAAAAUGAAGGCUUAUAUUUAAAAUGCCUUCUUAGGAUAGUUUAUUUGUAUUUAUUUAUUUACUUUCCCAUGUUUCUCAGGUCUCUUGGUGGCUGUUACUAAAAAAUAAAAACAGCAUCAUGAAAUGACCAAGGGAGACAUUUCAGGGAACAGUUUAAUAGGAACUCAUUUUUCAUGCAAUAGCCAUGGAAAUACCCAAUUUCCUGCAGGGAAAAAAAGGCCCAAGUCUUCUCCCCCUCCCAGGGCUGAGAUAACACCGGCCACCACCAUCAGCAAUGCUCCCGGCACUCCCAACAGCACCAAACCUCAGGUUGUCCAGAUCAUAAAUCAAAUGCAAAAGUGCACAUAAGUGAAGAAGCUGUACUAUUUCAGCCACUCUAAGUGGAGCAUUUUAUUCCACAAAACUCCGUAUCACACAAGGUGUGUCCUCUACCACACCCUUGGGUGGAGUAUUUUCCAUUCCCACCUCCUCAUGCUCGGCUGCUGGUGCAUGGCCAGUGCUGCUGGGGUGCGAGUGGCAGCGGUGAGAAGGGACAGGAGAGGGCACUGUUUUGCUUUCAUCAGUGACAGUCUCUUUUUCCCCAUCCUGGGAGUCACCCGUGCGAAACCCCUUUGUGGGGAGGGCAGAGAGCAGUGAGAGCACAGAGCAAAGGGUUUAAUCGGCAUUUACUAACUGCGGCCAGUGAUCCCACUUUUGGAAGCGGUUGGCAUUACUGGAGAGAACUAAAAAAAGCAUCCAGAAAAAGAAACUAAUCCAUUACCCAAAAGGAUUUUUUUUUCCUCUUCAUUUUGAGUGUUAAAGCCAGUGAUGCUUUGCAGAUGGGCCAAGAUCUCAUUUUUCCUGCUUACCCAGGUCUCUGCCAGAAGCUGCUGUAGCAAUUGUUUAGCAUAAAUAUCCAAGUCUGUCUUGACAUGGGGAUACAUUUAUUAUCCUUGGCAUUGCUUCCCUCAAGAAAUCCAUUGGGUCAUCCAAAGAUUAUCCAAUCUUCUUUCCAAAAAGGCAGGAGAAAGAGCUGUUUAUACAUACAGAGCAUUGGUGUCAUCUUCUACUUGCUGUUUCCAGAUAAGCAGGGCAACUUGUUUCAGAAAAUUCCUUUUAGAAAAGGAAUUUAUUGGGAAAC